CCCCAGGGCAUGUUCAGCGGGAAGUACGAAUGGUCCGGAGACCGCGAGGCCGGGGACUGCUCCAUCAGGAUCUUCGACGCCAGCGAGGUGGACGACGGCGACUGGGAGUGCCAGGUGACCGCAUCCUCCUUCACGGCCCACGACGCCCUCACCUCCAGGAUAGCCGAGCUCGUCGUCAGAGUGGCCCCCAACCGCCCCCAGAUGGAGGUGGAGACGCUGCAGGUGGCGUCGGGCCAGAACUUCACCGUGCAGGAGGAGCGCACCGGCAAAAUCAAGUGCAUCUCCCGCUUCGGCAACCCCCCGGCGGAGAUUAAGUGGUUCAUCGGCGAGGAGGAGCUGCCCGCCGAGGAGUACGAGCAGACCAACGUGACGGAGGCCGAGCGGAGCAAGACGUGGAUGGCGGUGUCGUCGCUGGAGCACACGUACCACAAGGAGGACCACGGCCUCCCGCUCCGAUGCGUCGCCGUCCACCAGGCCUACCGCACCAAGUCAGAGGCCGUCGAGGUCAUCCUCGACGUCCAGUAUGCUCCCACCGUGACCCUGGAGGGCGCCCCGUCAGGAGACAUCGAAGAGGGCGUGGAUGAUGUGACGCUGCGUUGUCUGGUGGACGCCAACCCGGCCGCCAAGGUGGUGUGGCGCGUGCUGGGCGAGACGGACGUGUUCAGCUUCCUCCCGGAGGUAAAGUUCAGCCCCGCGUCCCGCAGACACUCCGCCACGUACACCUGCGAAGGAAGGAACUCCGUCGGCGCCUCCGACCCCAUCUCCGUCAAGAUCGACGUCAAGUAUGGUCCUCGAGUGUUGCAGGUGGGCCCGGCCCCUGUCAUGACGGUGGCGCUGCACAACCACACGCUCCUCGAGUGUCUGGCGGAGGGGAAACCCGCCCCCCAAGUACAUGUGGAGACAGGUAAGUCCCCGGCGAAAGGACGGUGCGUCGGCCAACUAAUGGAUAAGGGGGGAAAAAAGGCGAGUGAGAUCGAGGAGAUGAGCAUGCCCAUUACGCUGGAAGUCGUUGGGGCUCCCCAGGUCCUGAGGGAUACGGUGGAGCGCAACGUGCAGGUCGAGAAGGGGGAAGACGCCCUCAUCCAGGUGAUGUUCUGCUCUGACCCGCGGCCGCUGCGCACCACCUGGGAGUGGGGCUCCCUGCAGCUGGAGGCGGGCAACGACAAGGGCCGCUACGUCGCCGAGAACCUGGCACAGGUACCUUGCACCUCUGCUGGGUUGACAGAUCUCUUGGUGUUCGGGGGAAGCAUGGCAGUUGAAUUCUCUGGUGCUCCCCAGGUCCUGAGGUAUACGGUGGAGCGCAACGUGCAGGUCGAGAAGGGGGAAGACGCCCUCAUCCAGGUGAUGUUCUGCUCUGACCCGCGGCCGCUGCGCACCACCUGGGAGUGGGGCUCCCUGCAGCUGGAGGCGGGCAACGACAAGGGCCGCUACGUCGCCGAGAACCUGGCACAGCAGGACACGCGCGAGGACUGCUACGCGGCGAGGCUGAGGGUGCAGCACGCAGACGUGGCCGACGCCCGCGACUACAUCCUGAACGUGGAGAACGACAAGGGGAAGGACCGCUACGCCGUGGGUCUCAGAGUGAACGGACAUGUAGACAAGCCCCCACUACAGCGUGUCCCUCCUUCAGCAGAACCCGUGUCCAUGUCCACCGUGAUCGGCAUCGUCAUCGCUUGCCUCGUCGUGCUCGUGAUCGUCACCCUCUUCGUCCUCUACGCCUUCAAGACCGAGAAGUGGUGUUUCUCCCAGCGAGGAGAUUUCAAGCCCACAGACCUGGAAAGUGAUAAGAGCGACAUUGAGAGCCAGAAGGGAAAUAAUGAUAAUGCCAACACAAAUGGAAACACAAAACUUGUGCCAGGAAACGAGAAGCAGCAGCAGUUGCAGCAGCCGCAGCAGCAAUCCGGAGAGAAGAGAUGAGCUUAACACAGCCCUCGGAGAGCCCGGAGAGAGCAGGGAGGAGGAGGAGGAGCAAGAGUCGGCCAGUGAGCAAGGGGAGAGCAGCAACAGCAAUCUAAAAAAGGGCGAACUGCACACAUUCAAGAGGCAUAACGACCA